AUGUCGAGCAAGGUAAAACAGGAGCCGCAGGGCGGCGGCGUGCUGCUGCCCAGCGUCACUGUUGGUCUGCCGUUGUGGGAUGAGGCGCAGAUACAGCAUGAACAUUGGGGUGGCAGUCUCGGACUACCGUCGCCACCCAUCGGCACCGUAGUAGAGUUUCGCAAUACAGAGGGAAAGAUCGUGGUGCCACGGGAUGACGCUCAGAUUGAAGCAUUCAAAGAAACCAUCGCAUACGUUUCUCCGGCUGCAACAACUGAAAUCUUUAUAGACUGGAAGCGUCCUGCCGAUAUCUUUGCCCCGUUUCGUCCCAUGGUACAUCGCAAUGCGACGCCGUUUCUUUCUCCAUAUGACGCGGAGCGGGCUGUCUUUGACAGCAACGCUGCAGAAGAGGCUGCAAUAUCGUCUGCUGUGCCUACCGGCAAAAAGGGUGAUGCCAAGUCCGCAGUUCCACCUGUUCCUGUGCAUGUGCAGUUCCCCGAGAUUCUGCAGGUGCUGGAUCCGCAGGCCAUUGAGGCCGCAACGAAGGAAUGGGAAGGUGUUCCAGAUGAGAGGGUUAUUGAGCGGUAUCGAGAGAUUCAGCCUCUUAUGCAGGCAUAUGACCCUGAUCUGGAGCUGGGUUGCGCGGCAACGCCUGCAGAGGCGUGUGAAUCGCGCUACACCACCGCGCAGCGUCAUAGACUCAAUGAGGUGGAUGCAAUAUCAAAACUCUUAGAGCCUCCUCCGUUCAUGAUGGACGCCUUUAAUAGUGCCAUCACCUUCAUGGAGCAUGCACAGUCCUAUGUUAAGCAUGGCGAGUACCUUUGGGAAUUGGUGUACCCACACGCCCCUGGCACAUGCCACCCAGUCUAUAACCCGCACGGAAAGUACGUUGUUCGACUCUUUAUUGACGGUGCCUUUCGCCGGGUUACAAUCGACGACUACUUGCCAGUCGAUGCCUUGGGUCGGCCUUUUUUAACCUUAACGACACAAAAAGAAAUUUGGCCAGCUCUGUUGGCAAAGGCCAUCUUUCAGGCGUUGGGUUUAAACCGUCAUCUUCUAUUUACAGAUCCAGAGGCCAUCAUUACGUGUUUGUGGGGCGAGUGGGUGCCGCAGCGCGUUGACCCCCGCGUCCAGCCUGCCUCGGCCUGUGCCUUUUUGCUGGCCUAUCGGAAGGAUCUUGCGAAGAGCGAGAGUAACACGACGCACUUUUCAGUCUCAAACACAGAGGAGGCGGCGACGGCCAUCGCACCAGAGGAAGUUGUGCCAGUAAAGCAACAAAAGGCUGGCGUCGCUGACGACGUCGUUUCGAAAAAAGAAAUGUCCAUUACGGCACCUCUGCGGACCGCACUCGCCGAUGCUCCCGCGGAAGGAACUACAUGCGAGGCUGCAACGGCGGCGGCGGCGGCGCCGCCGCUUUGUGCGAUAGGCUCCAUGGACGAUGGAAAACUCAAGCUUUUUGUCAUACAUGAAAUUCUCUUGUUUCGUGAUACUUUGGCAAUUCACAUCUCAUCCAAUUCUCCAACGAAUAUGCUGGAGUCGACAAUACUAUCGGAGCUGAGUAAGGAUGAGGCUGUGCAGAAUUUACUGCAUUCAUUGUCGUAUCAAGAGGGAAAGCAGAAAGUGUCCGCGGCUGUCUUGGCAAACCAGUCCACCAUGUGGAUUACCUUUGAAGAGUUGUCUGCCCAAGUAGACCUUGUGGUGUGGCGGUAUUUGGGAGAGAAAAGCUGUUUCCGCUUCAGUAACCGCCUUCUUGGGACUGAGGAAGGGCCGCCACUGCCAGUAAACGCAAAGAAAAAGUCUGUAGCUUCCACGGCAGUUACCACCUCCGUUGGGGGGGGAAAGAAAAAUAUUGUUCGUUGGAUUCACGUGAAUUCAGAUCAGCAGGAACAGCUGGCAUUUGUUAGCUUGUCGGCCUUCGCCCUCUCUGUGACUCCAUUGAAAGCGACCCGUAGUUUUCAGUAUUCCACUGCUUCAGGGAGCCGGCCGAUUUCUGCUAACUCGUUGGCUCGUUCCGUCGACAGCAGAGCGCCACGAGAGGCGGCGCAGGAGGUGCUGCUCGAUCUCUACACCUGGGAACGUGGUGACACAUUGAGCCGGGUAGGAAGCUUUGCCUACGAGAGCGGCAAAUUGCAGUGCGUCGUGCACCCCCUUCCGCCUGGUUCACACAUUUUUCGCCUGACUGUCGUGGAACUUAAGCCUCAGCAUGUUCUUAGUCUUCUCUCCACGCGGGAGCUGGUGGUGGGCGAGGAGAAGGAUGCCCUGCGUUCCGCCAACAUCUGCAAAAUGACGGACGCAGGGAGUCAUAUGGGGGUGGAGCGAGCGAACGAGGAGGUGAUGUGGUUCAAGCGCUUGAUCACCGUGAAGGAGUCGAGCACCGUCUCCUUCGUUGUCUCGACCCUUGGCCCCAGCGAGGACCCCGCAGCCCAUCGCGAUAUCCCUGCCAGUUUGCUGAAGGAGGUGAAGGGGGCCAAAACGCGCGCCGUAAACACAAAAGUGCCACAAAAGGAUUUCGCAGACGGGAUUCCAUUAUGUGUCGUGGAUGUUCCGAUUAUUCCAUACUGUCGUAUUUUGUUGAUGGACCUUGACGAUGGUGCGGUUCGCCGUGGCGCGGUCGGGCGUCUUGUGCGGCAACGAAUGACGCCUAAUCAGCAGGGAUACUUGCUUAUGGCGUACGUGUUGAUUGACUCGGCGUCUGCGUUUUUGUUCACGGAGGGUGCCAUGGGGGCGGUGCCGGAAAAUCCCGCAAAACCGCGCGAAAGCUUGACUUCCCCCACUUCUGAUGAGAAGGGCAAUGCCAAUGCGCGUGAAAAGCCAUCGCUGCUCUACGGCAAGGGGAAUUGGAAACUCACGAUGACCUCGGAUCGAGGAUUUGAAUCUUACAAACCCGUCAUGCACAAUGUGUUUUCGUUUACAGACAGGGGUCAGUUGAAGCGAGGCAGCAACGCCUUGCUUUUUGCCUACACCUGUUCCGUGGCGGAACGAACAUCCCUUACCUUGGUACUUGACCUUGACGCGCAAGAACUGAUUCCAUUCCAAGUCAAGGUGACGCGCAACGGCGUGGAGGCACCUCCAGUUUUUGUUUCGGAGAGCUGCACCAAGCAUCUCUUUCUCCCACACAUUACACUUGCGAUGGGUGAAAAGGGAAAAACCACUGGCUACAUUCUGGAGGCCUGGUUGGAUGAAGCCAUGGUGCAGGAAUGGGAAGAGAGGCGUCGUAUGGCGCAGGAAACGAAAUUUCACCUCCUGCGGGCGGAUGCCGAGCAAAAGGCCAUGGAAAGGCGUGAGCGUGAGCUUGAUGCAUACCAAGCUGAUCCACGUGCUUUUCAGGAGCGUUUAGAGCAUCCGAAUGUGGCGCAGACAGAGCCUGCGAAUUCAUCACCUCUGCGGGAGGCGUCUCUGGCGUCCGUCAGGAAGGGGCGCGUGUACGCUGACAGACGAAAACACCCAGUGGGUGCGGCGACACCAGAGAAGUUGGGAUCUUCUACUGCAGGCUCCGUGACGACACCCAAUCCGUCUAUGUUUUUUAUAGACAACACAGAAGGGGAGCUGAUUGUGAGCUUCUUUUUGCGAUUACAAUUCUCUUCAAAGGUAGAUGUCAAGAACGGGGCACCGCAGAAGGACCCGUUGUCAACUCUGCGUGCGGCUUGGGUGCCGCCAAUUGAACAAGCUGCGGCGGAUCAAGGCGCCGGGGCCACGCAGCGCGGCGGUGGACUGAAGGGGAAGCAACGAGAGGCGGUGUUGUCGGCGGAGGAUUUGCUGAAGGCCGAUCAAGGCCGCAUGAGCCGACAGCGUUUCCUAGAGAAUCCGCGGAACAUUCUCUUUCCCUACUUGACGUCUGAGGAGGGCCUGGGGUCAAGCAAAGAGGCCUCACGCAUGUCUUCACAGAAGGAACAAGUUGCAUUCGCUGUAAGCACGCCUCGCGUGGUAUUGGAUGUCAUGCAAGAGGCGAACUACCCCCACGCUCCCAUUUUAAGCGAGUCGGAGUACCGUAUCCAGCUCACUCCUCUUCGCGCUGUUGAAGUCGCAUUGCCUGUCAACGUGACACCCCCAGGGAGUGCUUCUGGGGCUGCACAGCAACGGGCGAGGUCACCAGGUGAACGGUUUUCGCCUCGCCUGGCAACUGCGCCUAUGCCAGCCUUUCUGCCUAACCAAGCCGCAGAGGAAGAUGCAGAUAUUGCCGAAUUAAAGGCGCCUCUCCAGGAGCUUUCCCGGCGACAGACGGAAGAGCUUAAACGAGGGCAUGAAAGGAGAAUGGAGUGCCGCGUGGCUGCCAAGGAGGUCUUGCGUGAAUUCUGGGCGGCGCAUCAGCCUGGUGCUGCUCCCAUUUCUCUCUUGGGUUACAAGGAGGAGGAAGUUCCUAAGCGGCAGAAGAGUCGCCAAAAAGGCUGA